AAUUAUGAGUAGCGGUGAGUGGUGCUAGACGUACAAUGAAUAUGAACACAGUCAUCACGUGAUUGAAGAACAGUGAUAAAAUCAUUUGCAUUUAUUGGUGAUUUCGCUUCCUUCAUUACGAGUAGUGAUUCGGCCUGAGGGAAGAUUAUGUUUAUACCCCUCACUGGAAGAUUAACCUUGAACUUAAAACAUGCUUUGAACAACAGUCUUCCUUUCUUUUAUUAGUCACAUGAGGUGACUAACAUAGUGAGGCAACUACAAAAUUGCUAACAAUUCAAUAAAGGGCAAAGGAAACGUAAAAACAAACAAGCGAGCAUAAAAGUGUCCAAUGAAGCUUCAUGGUUCUCAUACCUAACCUGUGUCAUUAUAAUAUUGGACUACGGAGAAUAUUAAGAAAAGAGUAGCAGAGCAGCUAGCCUAGUGCCUAGUGUUAAUAGUGACAGUGAAAAACUGUUUUGGGGUUAUGCUAAAUGUUAAUUUCGUUAGGUGGUACCAAUUUUAAAGAUAAAUAAAUUAUUAAUUUGGAUGCUGAGACACUAAUUGUGAUACAUAAUUGUUAUCUGUUUGGUUAAAAUUAAAAUCGGCCAUUUUAUAAUGUUAACAAUGAAUAAAAUAGUAUUGUUGGUAACCCUAUAUUUUUGUAUAAACUCAGUGUUGUGCCAGCGCAAGGACAUACAUCAUAUGAUGUACGAAACAUUCAAGAAUGCUGCUAUGUGUUUCCGCACACUCAAUGGAACCAAUCAAGUUGGAUGCUCAACUUCCCAGUCGGGCAGUACAGGUGUGGUGCACUUUGUGAACAAUGAGAGCGACGUCCAUUGGCUCCUGGAAGAGAGUAAAGCUGGUCCGUACAUGGCAGUAGUACCACCAACCAUGUUUUUACGGGAUGUGAUGCUGAGUUUGAAAGACUCACCCAACGUAGGGGGUGUGCUGUUGGCCAUCAACGGCACCGGCGACAGGCCCGCCCACAUGUCUCCAGACGAUACGUGUCCCAACCGCUUCUCCAGCUUGGGGGGUUCUUGUGAUGACAGCAACCCUUGGAAUCCCGUGGGUUCAGGGUUCCUACAGGUGGACUGGACUGUACCACUCUUUGUCGUCAAGGACUCCUUAGUUAUACAGCAGAUCUAUGAGUGUUUUGAAAAAUUCAACCUACCAUUGGAGAGACAAGUGGAACGGUCGCUGUGCUCGCUGCAGAUGACGGGUCACAUGUACGCGGCUGUGGACACGCCCACCUGCCUGCGUCGCAACUCUCUCAUCAACAGUUUCAAUCCAUUGAGGUACUGUGACCCGAUGGGGGACCAGAAUGUGAUCUCACACCUCUUCUCGCGGCAGCACUUCAGCGCAGCCCCAAACAACAGUGUGGUGCUGGUGAGUGCGCAGUUGGAUGCGGCGGCCAUGUUUGAUGGUCUGGCACCUGGAGCUAUGACCACUGUGACAGGCAUUGUGACGCUGCUCACCACUGCACACCUGCUCUCUCAGCUGCUGCCUGAGUACAAGGAGACUUACACCAAGAAUGUGGUGUUUACUUUGAUGAACGGAGAGGUGCAAGAUUACAUCGGUUCCAGCCGAGUGGUGUACGACAUGCAGCAAGGCAAGUUCCCCUCGGCCGACCUGCCGACGCGAUUGGAGCAUUUGGACUUGGUGAUAGACCUCCACCAGCUAGACGCCACCAGAAAGCUGUAUUGUCACUGCCUUCAGUCGAAUACAGCACAGACAACUGUAGAAUUGCUUGUGAGAUCCAGUAAGUCGUUUGGAGUGAACGUUGAAGGCUCUUGUUCUCCAGACAAACAACUUCCACCUUCGUCCCUUCAUUCAUUCCUGAAGGCCAAUGCCUCCAUACCAGGGAUCAUAGUGACCAACCAUGCCAAAAAAUACACAAACAUGUUCUACAAUGGACUAUUGGAUGACGCAGAAAAUGUAGGCUAUCAAUAUGCCAACGGCAGUCAGAUUCCAGAUCAAAGCAUUCAGCGCAGCCUCACUGCCGUAGCCCAGGGUCUGGCUCUCAGUUUGGCUCAGAUGGUGAACAGCAGUGUGACCUGGCCUGCCAAUCUGAGUGUAGAGACCACAGUAGCGAUGGUGGACGAGUUGCUGCAUUGCUACCUGGAGGAGCGACAAUGUCAGCUUUUCCGUAACAUCUCCGGGGACAGUGUAGGUCCACUGGAUGGUCCUCUCCCGCUGUAUGUGGGUGUUAGCCAGUCGCCCAAUCUGGUCACUAGGAUGACACUCCUGGCCCUAGCCCAGCUGACUGGCCGGCCUACCAACAUGACACAGGCACAGUGUGCCAGCCCCAGCGAUCCUAGCAAGGUGGACUACCACACAUUCUACUGGGUAGGUGGCGAUGAUCCUGAUACAGGUGUUUGUAUGGAAACAGACAUCACCCUGACUACAGCCAUCAGUCCAGCAUUCCUUAUUGAAAACUACAACUGGACAUCUGGAGAGUUCUCAUCGUGGACGGAGUCGGUCUGGCCGGAGAUGAGUCUCCGCAUGUUCCUGAAGCCCGCCUUUAACCAGGAACUAUAUACCCUCAUAUCCGGAGUCGUUGUUCUCUUCCUCUCGUUCAGUUCCGUGUACUGGGUCAACCGCCAUGCCGGCCAACUGUUCAACCCACUGGUCAACGGUGAAGUGGAAAGUGACAAAGAUACAACAUUUUUGAUGGGCAGAGUGGAUCCUUCCUUGUAUGGGACUUGUGAGCACUGCUAGGAAAGCGAUGCAAAUCUCAUUUCUCUGAGGACCCUGGAGUCGCGUGGUGUUCCGCUCUAGAUGGUGAGAUUUGCACCCUCGGACAUUCAACUUGUAAUAUGAGAUCCGCCCCCAGCAGGUUGUUAUUGCUGAUCUAUUCUCAGGACUGUGAUAUUUCCUCUACGUGCUUACUUAUAUGUCGUGAAGCACCUGAUUUUGUUCCUUGAGUCAUAAAGAAAUUUUAAAAUUUAUAUUGACUUUAGCAAAGAUUAUUUUUGCUCAAAGCCUUGAUAUAUUUUUGUACACGUUUAGUUUUUUUUUUUAAUACUUUUUUGAUUACCACAUAUUGUUUAUGUACUUGUCAAAGUUAGUUAAAGCACUUGUAACCGUAUUCAUGUAAUGUGGUACACUUUAAGUACACAUAAUGUAAUAGUAGUAUAAGUUAAGUCAUUUUAAAGCAGUUCGCCUUGUACAUUUUGCAAAGCUAAAACGAAUAUGACCUUGUUUUUAAAUAAGCCAUCAGUAAUAGUUUAUUUUAGAAGAACUCAGAAACUAUGUUAUUGUAGGACAGAUUUGAUGGAAAUGCUGGUUCUUGCACAUGUCAUUAAUUACGAGCUAUAUAACUAGAAAUCGUAUAACUGUAAAAUGCUGUAUUGUACGUACAUUACAAUAUUGCAUGGUCAUCAAAAUGCUUUUUAAAAAUAUAAUUGCUUAAUCUUUAUCAAACAAUUAAAAUAUAGUGUAAAUGUUAUACAAUUUGUACAAAAUAUGUACAAUACAAAUAACUCUUCCAGCAUAACUAUUACCAUGUGCAUAGAAAGCUUUGAUUUUGGUUGCUAGAGUAUUGAGUGCAGACACCCUGUACGUAUAUGAGCAGCAAUGCUUUAUUUCCUGAAGCAUGAUGACUGUUGCAACAUAGUGGGCCUGAAUAUUCAUGAGACUUAACUAUAAUAAUAUUGUAGUCUUAAGUAGUAUUUUGAAUUAUCUGUUUAAAAGUUUGUUUUAGUAUUAACGUAAUAUUUUAUUGUAAAGCUUGUCUAUUUAAGUAUUGUGAGUGAAGUGUGACAUAGUCGAGUGUUUACAUUAUGUUUUUAUCUAAAUGUAAUCAUUGUAUAAUAGUUCUUUCCAAAAAUGUAACCAGUAAUUUAGAUUUUGUAAUUAUUUAAUACAAUAAAAGAUUAUUUUACUUGAAAAA